AUGGCCCGCUCCCAACUAAACGUGCCUAAAACCUACUGGGGGAGGGCGAACCGGUCAGCUGAAAUAAGCGUGAAAACUGGCAGAAGCUCCAGACUUCUGGCAACCUACAAUAGCCUUACAGACAAACACCUGGCUGGAUAUUUCAGCAAUAUCAGGAUGAGACGACAUCUUCGGAGAUCAGGACUGAUCUCAAGGAGUGGAAGAAUAAUAUCUCAGAAAGAAUACCAGCUAAAUGCGAUGAGGAGGGAUCACCAAAGACACAUACAGGAGUGCCUGGCUCGGCUCAUAUUUCGUAAGAUCCAUGACAUGGAGCGUCAUCAUCAGCUGGAAAUGAAAAGGAAACUUGAAAAUUCUCUGAGGAAGGACAGGGUGCAGAAAAUCAAGGUGGAGCAGUUCAGAAGAUCAGUGGAAGGUGCUAGCCCUGUGCGCUCCCCACAUCCACCUCUUGGUCCGAGAAAUCAUUAUAGGCCCCGUCCUCCAGUGGCUGGAGAACCAGCUGGUCACUCACAACUGAGGGCACCUGGACCUGUAGUUGAUUGUAAUGGUGGAUAUCCUUCUCAUCAACCCCAAUCCAAGGAGCCUGCCAUUUCUAAGAUGGCUCCCUUGCGACCAAAUACAGUUCCAGGAAAUACGCAACGCUCGGUUCGCCUGCGACGACUUCGCAGCUGUGCUGCAGCAGGGUCUCUACCAAAGACUUCAAGCUCUGAAGAAAAGUGCCACGCACCUGAAAAUGACCAGCAGUUUGCCAGUGGGGGAGAGAGGAGUGGGUUAAGACCUAAGAAUUCAGUGGAACAUGUGACUGGUAUAUCCCCAUAUCAAGUCUCUGUCGUUAACAAUUAUGUGAUACCAGUGCCACAUCCUCCCCUACAAAAAGGAAACAAGAGCGAAAAUGCAGUGAGAAAUGGGAUGCCCAGAGGCAGACGAUUUCGCCCCGCCACUGCACCAAACGAUUUAGAGCAACUUCUAACAAAAAAUUCUGGAGGAUUCCCUAAGCCCCCGUUACACAGCAACGCACUUGUUACCAUGGUCUUUCUAGGAAAAAGUGUGCAUUUAGCUCAUGCUGAUGCUGAUUAUAGAGAUGAAAUCAAAGUCUAUCAGCAGCAUUGUGGAGGAGAAAACCUUUGUGUCUACAAAGGCAAUCUAUUGGAAGGAGAGAGCUUUCAGUUCGUCUCAAAGAGGCACCAUGGUUUCCCAUUCAGCCUCACCUUUUUUCUCAAUGGGAUGCAAGUGGACAGGCUGAGCUGUUGCUGUGAGUACAAACAUCAGAAGCAUUCCAGGCUGGGAGGCAGAAGUGGAUACUUCGGGUUUCUCAAUGUGGAGGGAGCAUCUCCUUGCUACAGGUGCAUUAUUGCAAUGCAUCCGGACAAAAAGCCAUCGCCUCCCAAGAGAAACAUGGAGGACCAUGAGGAAAAGCAUGUCGGUUCCUGGAGAGAUGAAGCGUGCAGUGAGCCAAGUAAAAGCAGUGUUGAGCAGAAAUCAAGCAAAGAUUCAGUGCCAGUCAUCUCACCAGGUCAUGAAGCGAUUGUGGAAACUAUUGAGGACAAAAUGGAGACUGGAGAGGAGUACGGAAAAGAAGAAAGGAAAAAACUGUCUGAUCGUGAGAGUGAAGCUAGUCAGGAAGAAACUGAUAAAAAUGAGUAUGAUGAAGAUUUUGAAGCAGAUGAAGAAUUUAAUGAAGAGGAACAGACCGGUGAUCAAAUGAAUGGCAUGUCAAAGUCAUCCUCAGAUGAUAAAACCCAUAAUUUAGACUAUGAAAAGGAGAGUCAAAACUCAUCACAGGAGGCACUGCAGGACUCUGACAGUGAGAAAGAUGAAAGUGAUGGAUAUUCUGACAGUGACUCAGAGGAUGAUCAGGAAGAUAGGAGGCCUGCACACUCUUGCUCAUCCAUCAGUAAUCUGUACAGCAGCGAAGAUGACUCUUAUGCUGAAACGAUGAAAGACAAUGUUAAGGGCGAAGAGGAGUAUAAUGUCAAAAGAGCAUCUGAUAACGCUGCACAUGCCCAAUAUGGAAAUGAGGAGAAUAAGCUGCUCAGAAUGGAGGAAAAUCAGAAAACUUUUGCACUGGAAAAGGAAGGACUAGAUGAAGCCGAAAAGGCAAACCCAGAAGAUCUAACAGCAAGGAAAAAGACCGGAAUUUUUCGGGAAAAUAUAAUGGCAAUACAGCAUCAAAGUCCUGAAGUUAAUGGGGAACUCAAACAGGCCGUGUCAGUAGAAAGUAACAUAGUCAGACUAGUCAUAGCAGACUACUGGAUGACUUCUACUCCCCUUUUGCUUUUUAAUGGUUUCUCUUUCUUAUUCCUCUUUCUUAACUUUGUGAUAGUUUUUGAAGAUUGGCAACCAGUCCAGAAGGAAAUAGCAAAGGCAAUUGGAAAUCUUCAUCCUGUGAAUUCUGAACCUGAACCUAGUGAUUCCUGUGAAGAUGAGGAAGAGGAGAACAUAACAAGUACAAAGCAUGAUGCCAAUGAAGCACCAGAUGGAGCUUUCUUGGCAAAGGGAACAAGAACACUUGACGUGGAGAAGGCAGCAGGACAAGUGGUACGAGAAGGGCAGAUGGUAGGGGAGAGACAAGCACUUGAGGAGGAAGAUUUUGUUGCUGAGGGAGGAGAUGCUCGCACCGAAGAGGCGGGAGAAGGAAUGGCACGGGUGGGAGAUUUACUGCCCAAGGAAGACACAGGGGCUGUGCUGCAGGCGGAGGAAUCUGCGCCUGAGGAGAGCGCCAUGGCAGAAGAAGAUCCCAAAGGAAAGGGGACAGGGAAGGGAGUGGAGUCUGGCGCAGAGGUGGCACCUGGGCAGCAGGAAGUUCUGAUGGAGGGGACGGAGAGCGAGGCAGCAUGGGGAGAGCAGGCACCUGGGGCAGAGGAGCCAGCCAGGGCAGGGGCACUGCUGGGCAGGGAGGCAGAUGGAGCCGUGUCCGAGGGGGAGGAGGUGGCUGGGGAGGUCUCUGACGGAGAAGAGGCUACAGGGUCUCCGGUGAAGGAGGUGGUGGGUGAGACGGUGUCUGAGGCAGAGGAGGCUGUGGAGGAGGGAGGUUUUGCAGGGAAGGGGCUUGAGUCGGGUGCUGUGUCUGAGGCAGAAGAGACUGUGGAUGAUGCUAGCUUGGCAGAAGAAGGGAUUGCUGGGGUAGAUGGCCCGGGAGGAGAAGAGUCUGCAGAGGAAGCUGUUGCUGAAGGGGAGGAGGCUGUGGAUGAUGAUGCUAGCUUGGCAGGAGAAGGGAUUGCUGGGGUAGAUGGCCCUGGAGGAGAGGAGUCUGCAGAGGAAGCUGUUGCUGAAGGGGAGGAGGCUGUGGAUGAUGAUGCCAGCUUGGCAGGAGAAGGUUUUGCCUUGGUAGAUGGCCCUGGAGGAGAAGAGUCUGCAGAGGAAGCUGUUGCUGAAGGGGAGGAGGCUGUGGAUGAUACCAGCCUGGCAGGAGAAGGUUUUGCCUUGGUAGAUGGCCCUGGAGGAGAAGAGUCUGCAGAGGAAGCUGUUGCUGAAGGGGAGGAGACUUUGGAUGAUGAUGCCAGCUUGGCAGGAGAAUGUUUUGAUGGGGUAGAUGGCCCUGGAGGAGAAGAGUCUGCAGAGGAAGCUGUUGCUGAAGGGGAGGAGGCUGUGGAUGAUACCAGCUUGGCAGGAGAAGGUUUUGCCUUGGUAGAUGGCCCUGGAGGAGAAGAGUCUGCAGAGGAAUCUGUUGCUGAAGGGGAGGAGACUGUGGAUGACGAUGCCAGCUUGGCAGGAGAAGUUUUUGCCUUGGUAGAUGGCCCUGGAGGAGAAGAGUCUGCAGAGGAAGCUGUUGCUGAAGGGGAGGAGACUGUGGAUGAUGUCAGCUUGGCAGGAGAAGGUUUUGCCUUGGUAGAUGGCCCUGGAGGAGAAGAGUCUGCAGAGGAAGCUGUUGCUGAAGGGGAGGAGACUGUGGAUGAUGAUGUCAGCUUGGCAGGAGAACGUUUUGCCUUGGUAGAUGGCCCUGGAGGAGAAGAGUCUGCAGAGGAAGCUGUUGCUGAAGGGGAGGAGGCUGUGGAUGAUACCAGCUUGGCAGGAGAAGGUUUUGCCUUGGUAGAUGGCCCUGGAGGAGAAGCGUCUGCAGAGGAAGCUGUUGCUGAAGGGGAGGAGACUGUGCAUGAUGAUGCCAGCUUGGCAGGAGAAGGUUUUGCCUUGGUAGAUGGCCCUGGAGGAGAAGAGUCUGCAGAGGAAGCUGUUGCUGAAGGGGAGGAGGCUGUGGAUGAUGAUGCCAGCUUGGCAGGAGAACGUUUUGAUGGGGUAGAUGGCCCUGGAGGAGAAGAGUCUGCAGAGGAAGAUCUUGCUGAAGGGGAGGAGGCUGUGGAUGAUACCAGCUUGGCAGGAGAAGGUUUUGCCUUGGUAGAUGGCCCGGGAGGAGAAGAGUCUGCAGAGGAAGCUGUUGCUGAAGGGGAGGAGACUGUGGAUGAUGAUGUCAGCUUGGCAGGAGAAUGUUUUGCCUUGGUAGAUAGCCCUGGAGAAGAGUCUGCAGAGGAAGCUGUUUCUGAUGGGAAGGAGACUGUGGGUGAUGUCAGCUUGGCAGGAGAAGGUUUUGCCUUGAUAGAUAUCCCUGGAGAAGCGUCUGCAGAGGAAGCCGUUUCUGAAGGGGAUGAGACUGUGGAUGAUGUCAGCUUGGCAGGAGAAGGUUUUGAUGGGGUAGAUGGCCCUGGAGAAGAGUCUGCAGAGGAAGCUCUUUCUGAAGGGGAGGAGGCUGUGGAUGAUACCAGCUUGGCAGGAGAAGGUUUUGCCUUGGUAGAUGGCCCUGGAGGAGAAGAGUCUGCAGAGGAAGCCAUUUCUGAAGGGGAGGAGGCUGUGGAUGAUGCCAGCUUGGCAGGAGAAGGUUUUGCCGGGGUAGAUGGCCCUGGAGGAGAAGAGUCUGCAGAGGAAGCCAUUUCUGAAGGGGAGGAGGCUGUGGAGAAGCCUGGGGCUCUCUUGGAAACAUUAGGGGAUACAAACGUUUGCUCAGGAGAAGCAAGGCCCAGAGGGGAAGGCUCUGUAAAGCCAAAUGAGUUUUCCCAGCUGAAAGCAUCAGGGGCAGAGUGGAUGGAGAUGGGGAAAGCUGCCAUGGGAGCAGCAACAUCUGAGACUGGCAAGGCAUCAGAGGUAGAAGGGAGCUCUCUCCUGAGAGCGGAGGACACAGUGGAGGAGUCUGUGGAGCCUGGCAAGGGUCCUAUGUUGCAAACAGCACCUGGGUUAGAGGCACUGGUGGAUGCUGGAGGGGAUGACAUAAGUGAAGGGUCAUCUCAGUUGGAGGAGAUCACAACAGUGGAGGAGGAGGAGGGCUCAGCAGAAGCACUUUUGGGUGGAAACCCAUCUCUAGGCAGCAAUGCAAAGACAGAGUGUGCAAUGGAAGAAAAACCCAAUGGAGGGGUGAUGGGAGUACCCGCAGAGAUAACUGGAGCAGAGUCAGGAGGUAGAGAGGAGGUCACGGGUGGAACAGCAUGUCCAAGGGACCUGGCAGCUGGGAUGGAGGGACCGCUGGAGUGUGCUGAGGAGAGAGGGAAGAAGAGGCCUCUGGGUGAGGGGGGGGUGGAGGGACCAGGGCCGCCUGCCCUGUGGCUGUGUGUGAGCAGGGCCAGGGAGGCGGUGGUGGUGGUGGCCGGUGCUGUGGUGGGUGGCCAGGCAGGGUGGGGGGCUCUGCCUGAGGGAGCGGUGGGGGAGCCAAUGCUGGCGGCGGAGGUGGCGGGGCAGGAGGGGCUGGUGGCUGGGGAUAGCGGGGCAGGUGAUGGGGCGGUGGCACAGGAGGGGGUGACAGGAGCAGUGUGGGGCGGACAGGGCGGGACGGGGGCGGCAACUGCAGAGAGGGUGUCAGCCGAGGGAAAGGAGGCAGCCGGGGAGUCUGGGAGGGUCAGGGAAGCGGUGGGUGGUGGAGCCGUGGCCUGCGGGCAAGGGGUGAACCGGGAGGCAGUGCUGGGGUGUGAGGGAAGGGGGCCAGCGGCGGCGGGCACUGAGGGCCAGGCUGAGGCGGAACGGGAGUGGGACACAGCACGUCUCAUGACCCUGUGGCACGGAGAACUGUGUGGAGCGAUGGCCUUUGGGGAGCAGCCUAUUGCAGAAACCUCGCCAAGCACCCCUGCACAUGGGGAUGGGGGAGCGGAGCCGAGGGGGAGAGGGUCCGUAGGGGGAGAGGGGCUGUGCCCUGGCACCCAGCCGCAGCUGGCAGCUCUCGGGACAGGGGCAGUGGGGGGCGAGGACGGGCCGCAGGAGGGGACAGAGCAGGCGGGAGCGAAAGCCGAGGGGGAACAGGCAGGCCUCCGUGAAAGCACAAGAGAGGGAGAGGUAGUGGGUGUUGUGGAGAGCGCACGGAGUGCUUCUGGGGUCAGGGAGCAGAGUGAGGACAGUCCCGCUGGAGGGAGCCCAGACGCCCAGGGAGACGCUGACACGGGCGAGAGGAGCUGCAGUCCCCACGAGGUGAGUCCUGCGUGGGUCGGCUGCUGCCCCCCACGCCCCUUUGGGUCCCCAGACUGGUCCCUGUCAGAAGCAGACGAUGCAUGA